AACUAACGUUACAAUUUAACGUUUUCUCGCAUUUGCGUAAAUAAAGCUCUUUAAACAGUGAGAGGAAAAUCCCCAAUCUGUCUGAGACAGUCACCUCGUCUCCUGCUAAUCCCUCCGUGACCUCUGUGUGCUGGGAAAAAAACACCCACCGCACGCGCAUACAAAGGUGAUCCCGCGGUACCGAACGCGAGGUCGAACGCACCCAAAUCGGCAUCGCGGUACCUCCGUCGCUCCCCAAUGGGCGACCCGAGGUCCUCGUCCCGCCGUCCUCGCCUGGACCCGAGCGACUUCGAUUCGGCCGAAGCCGAGAGCAGUCGGUUCGUGUUGACGAGUCCCCGCUCGCUGGAGUCCUGCAAGCGACUUGGGGUCAAACCCGUGAAACUUCUGAUCAAAUCGCUGAACGAGUUCAUCGCCGAGCGCUGUGACGCGCCCGUCGGGGCGAUGACGGUCCUGCACGAAUCCUACGAAAGGGAGAGAUUGAGGCGUUUACCAAUGUGCCGAGUGGAGAGGCAGAGGAUUAUCCGGGCGGCGGCGGGGGGCAGGUGGCCGGGAAGCAACAAAGUGUCCGGCCUGGAAGUGUCGCCUGACGCCAAACCGAAGGGUCACGCCGGGGACAGGGAGACGGCGGGGACCGUGACGUACGCGGACCUGUGCAUUAGGGGGGCACCUGCAAGCAGGUCCUCCUGCUCUCACAGAGACAGGAGCACAGUGUGCAGCUUCAGCCAGGGACACUCCGGACACACCCCGGCUACCGAGAUGACCGUGGACCAGCUCGCCAGGGACAUUCAAAAGGAGAUGUGCGUCACCGUGUCGGAGAGAGACCGCAAGAUUGCGGCUCUCAUGUUGGUGAGGCACCAGGAGGAGCAGACUUGCCUGAAGCUCCGUCAGCAGGAGGAACAGGCGCGUCAGGAGGCCCGCAGGCACGAGGAGGCCCUUCGCGCCGAGGCCGACAGGGACAGGGGGGAGAAACUGAGGCAGCGUAUGCGCCGCUGGCACGAGGAGCUGGAGGCCCGCCGGAGGCUGAGAGAGCGGCGGGAGGAAGAAAAAGCUGAACAACUUGAGCUGGAGGCGCUGCUGCACGAAGACCGCUGGGGGAGGUGGAGGGGCGAGGUGGAGGGACAACGCCGAGAGAAGUUGGAGGCUGCGCGGAGAGAGGCGGGGGCCCGCAAGCGCUUGCAGGAGAAGCUGCUGAGAGAAAAAGAGGAGGCGGAGAGGAGGGAGCGAGAGAGGGACGGACAGGUGGCGGCGGAGAAGCAGCAGAGGGCCAGGAGGAGCAAAGUGUCCCGGGAGAAGGAUGAAAGGAGGAGGCUGCGGGAGGGCAACCGCGUGGAGCUGCUGCGUCACAUCCUGCUCAAGCAACAGGUGGAGCAACAGGUGGCGGAGGAGGAGGCCCAGGCGAGGGGCGCACUCGACAAGAAGCUGCGACGCGCCCGAGAAACACGCAGCCUGGCCGCUGAGGCGCGGAGGAGGGCGCUGCAGGAGCGGGCGGCCCGGGAGGAGGAGCGGGCUCGGAGAGCCCAGCAGAGGGCCCAGCUGCAGGGCCACCGGCAGCUGGCGCACAAACAGAUCCUCGUCGAACUGAGCCGGCGGCGCUGCGAGAGAGCCGCCGGGAACGCGUCGGCCCAGCGGAGGCGCAGAGCUCAGGAGGCGGGUCAGCACAACAGACGCAGGAGCCUGCGCCACCAGAGGCUGAGGGAGGAGAGACAAAGGGAGGAGGCGGCCGAGAGGAUGGUGCGGGAGAGGUGCAUCUUCGUGAAGGACUGGAGGAGGGAGAGACUGCGCAGCCAGAGGGAGGUGAUACAGGAGGAGGCGCACAGGCUGGCCCGGGCCUCCUUUCACUUGAGGGACCGAGUGCGACAGCAGACGCGAGCGCGGACCUUCGAUCAGAUGGCUCUGGAGGCUCAGCUCACUGCCUCCAUCAACUCCAUGAAACUAUGAAGGGAGUGAUCGACUCCCAUCCACAGCUCCACCUCUUAUAGAGUAAACCAAAGCUGGGGUUUUGGUGGAGUAAAGACUCACAAAGCCACGGUCUCUGUUUUUAUGAUGCAGAGUGUAAUAUUGUAUCAUAUUUUCAAUCACAAGUUGCUGAAAUGUAUCUUUAUAAAGAGUUUGGGAUGAAGUCCCUGUCCGACUGACACCGGCCUCUCAUUGGCUCAUCCUGAUAUUCUUUACCCUUGGAGCCAAUGCUUUGUGAGCACAAAGCACACUGUGAUCCACCGUCACACACCAGUAAUUAUGCAGGGAAGCUAACGAUAGAAUGCAGUUUUCUCUUCUAAAGAAAGUUGAGCAGUGCUGGUGAAGCGUCCCCGUCACAGAAUCAAGGGUUCACUUGUAUCCUGGAAAAGUUUGAAUUUAGAUAGUGAACAGUUAAGAAAUACUUUCGGAAGGUUGAAUUCGAGAUAAGCUACUGCGCUCUGAAUGAGGCAGACUAUUGUUUGGUUUUCU